AUGAAAAGAAACGUGGUAAUUGUGUUUGCGGUAGCUCUGUGGCAAGGAGUAGCCGCCCAGGCUCCAGCAUACGGCCAAUGUGGUGGUAAUAAUUGGACUGGGCCAACAACCUGCGUAGCUGGCUACUACUGCCAGGUUCAGAAUGAAUGGUACUCGCAAUGCGUACCGGGAACUGCUUCAACAACGAGUAGUACUCGUACAACUCUGUCUACCUCAACCACCUCAGCUACAUCUACCAGGGCCAGCUCUCAGCCUGGAACUACGAGUACCUCGGGUGCCUGCACUGGCACAUUCACUCCUGUUUCUGCCAGCAGUUAUGUUGCUGCCCUUGGUGUCGGGUGGAAUCUCGGAAACAGCCUUGAUGCAACACCGAACGAGGAUUCGUGGAACAAUCCUCCAGUGACAGAGAAAGUGUUCGACUAUGUGGUCUCAGAAGGUUUCAAGACUGUCAGAAUACCUGUGACAUAUACACACCAUCUGGACAGCGAGUCUCCUAAUUGGACAGUCAAUGCCAAUUGGCUGCAACGGGUCGAGAAUGUGAUUGACAUGGCUCUUGCAAGGAACUUAUACGUCAUCACCAAUCUUCAUCAUGACUCUUGGGAGUGGGCAGAUGUUACAGCUUCAGGAGCUGAUAUAACCGCCAUCCAGAGCCGCUUCAAGGCCGUAUGGACGCAGGUGGCGACAAAGUUGCGUUGUAAAUCCUCGCGCUUGUCAUUUGAGUCCAUCAAUGAGCCGCCUGCUACUACAGCCGCUCAUGGUGCCCUUAUCAACCAAUUCAACCAGAUAUUCAAUGACGCGGUUGUUGCGAGUGGCGGCUUUAACCCCCAGCGCGUCUUGCAGUUUGCGGGCGGUGGCAUGGAUGCCACCAAGACGACUCAGUGGUUCCAGGCACCUUCAGGUGUCAACAACCCGUGGGCGCUACAGUUCCAUUAUUAUUCUCCAUAUGACUUCGUCUUUGGGGCCUGGGGCAAGACCAUCUGGGGAUCUGCUGCCGACAAGACCACAAUGACCAACGAGUUCUCCAUUGUGCGCGGCAAUUUCACCAACGUCCCGCUGAUCCUUGGCGAAUUCGACGUGAGCAUUGUGCACACCGAGCCCGCCGCACGGUGGAAGUGGUUCGAUCACUUGGCAACUACCAUUAAAACCCUUGGUAUUGCCCCUAUCGUUUGGGACAACGGUCUUGACCACCUUGAUCGCAACACGGGUAUCUGGCGCGACCCCGUCUCCAUCGCUAUACUGAAAGCUGCCCUUGCUGGUCAAAAGAACUCUUUGCCAGACAGCACAACAGACGCCAGUGCUACGACCCAGUCCAGCUCGGCCUUCAUUUGGAACCGAGUCGGCAGCGAGGUCGCCGACUACAAGCUGCCUUGGCUGUUCAACGGCAAUACCCUCACUGGGGUUAAGACAAAUAGCGGCAAGACUCUUUCCAGUGGGAGUGACUACACAACCGCCUCCGACUCUAUCACAUUCACGAAGAGCUUCCUAUCGCAGUACCUCGGGCCCAGUGUGUCAACAGGAAGCAAGGCGAACCUCACACUGACAUUCUCUGCCGGAGCGUUCUCUAACGUUGAGAUUAUUCAGUGGGAUACACCAAAGUUCCUCUCGACCCCAGCACCAGUUCUGGGCCAAGAUUUGAGUAUUCCUAUUAACUACAAUGGUCUCAAGCUGGUUGCGGCUGUGAGAGCCAAGGCUACAGAUGGCACAUAUCUGUUUGAUGACUGGACGCAGUGGCUUGGUCCCCUUCAGCAGGCAAGAAUCACAUACAACGGCCAAUUCUUCUUUGAUGGGGCCCAGGUGGUCCUUAAGGAUGCUACACUCCAAGCUGUCAAGAGCUUGGGUAAGCCGGUAGAGUUUUUGUUCGAGUUUUACCCUCGGGUUGAGGGCAACUCUAUUUCGUACACGUUGACUCUAUAG